CCUUUCUUCCUUCUGUUCGGAGCGAGCAGCCCGGCUGGGUGUGUGGUGUGCACAGUGCGUCAUGGCAUCCCCUCGUUUGGAGACCUUCUGCUGCUCGAACCGGGACUCGGCGACCGACUUGGUGGUGACUUUCCAGCCGGUUCUGUUCGGAGCGCUGACGGUGGGCAGCGCAGCCCUGAGCCUGGUCUUCACCGUCCUGCAGAUCCUGCCCAAGAGGAAAGGCUACAGGAGACUGGGACAGUACCCUCUGCCCAGACCUGCAUCCUCCUCACGGAUACUGUUCAUCAUCACCCUGUGUGAUAUCAUGGGAUGUGCAGGCAUCAUUUUGAGGUCAUCUCUGUGGAUUGGUCUACCCAGCACCGUGGAGCAGAUCUCAGAGGCCAACAGCACCAACGUCUGGCCGGAUGUCUUCUGCCUGGGCAGUGCCAUGUGGAUCCAGUUGUUCUACAGCGCUUCUUUCUGGUGGACCUUCUGUUAUGCCGUAGAUGUCUUCCUGGUGGUGAAGACGUCCGCAGGGAUCAGCACCAUUAUCCUCUACCACAUGAUCACUUGGGGUCUGGCUUUGCUGCUAUGUGUGGAAGGCGUGGCCAUGCUCUACUACCCCUCCAUCUCCAACUGUGAACAAGGUUUUCAGCAUGCCAUUCCUCACUACGUCACCACGUACGCGCCCAUGCUGCUGGUCCUGGUGGCCAACCCCAUCUUCUUCAACAGGACAACAUCAGCGGUGACGUCGCUGCUGAAAGGACGCCAAGGGAUCUACACAGAAAACGAGAGGCGACUGGCCAGCGCCAUAAAAAUACGCUUCUUUAAAAUUAUGCUGGUGUUUAUCAUCUGCUGGCUUCCCAACAUCAUCAAUGAGAGCCUCCUCUUCUACCUGGAGAUGCAGGUGGACGUUGGGGACAGCAGUCUGAGGAAUAUCCGCAACACUGCUCUCAUCACGUGGUUUAUCAUGGGGAUCUUGAACCCCAUGCAGGCCUUCCUCAACACUCUGGCCUUCCACGGCUGGACCGGCUUCGAUGUUGACCUGAGCCUGCAAGGGAGGAGGGAGCUGGCCUGGGAGUCUGCUUCCACCUCGGUGGCCAAUGGUGGGGGCCACAACGCCAUGGUGGGCACGGCCCUGCUCUACCAGAGUCACGUCCAGGAGGCCAAGAAAAAUAUGAACGGCAACGGACAGCCGCAGUCGGACGCCAUCAGCGUCCUCUCAGAAGGUUCAGAAUCUAGCACAGUUGACAUCCACAUAUCCAGCGAGCUACCAGACUAUGGCAAUGUAGACGCUGAUGGAGAAUCCUUGGGGACGUCAGGGAGGCACUAGCCAGCAUCCAAUGGCACGACGCCACUUUGCUGGUAACGACCUGCAGAUGUCUCGACUUGCUGUCACACAAUAUGGAUUCCAUCAUCUUGUGUAAGAUUAGCAUCUUUUCUAGUUUGUUUUGUUUUAGCUACAUGACUGCACUCCCUUCUGUCCAUGGUGUCUUUUUGCACAAAUUAGAUGAAAUAAAUUUAAAAAUG